UGCCUAGGUGGCAUUUUUGAUGUCAGAUAUUUUGGAAUAUUCUGGGUUUUGAUCAUAUCACUAUUAUGUUAGCAUAUUUGUCGUGUAGAUUGCGUUGCAAAGUGCAAAUAUUGUAGAUUUAUAUGCUGUUUAAAUGGAUGAUUGGACGUUUUGCGUGGUUACGGCGUUACGGCGAUGGAAGUCGGGUAUUGUGAUGAUGAUUUGUCCUUAUGCUGUGGGAAUAUACAGCUGCUAUCACAGAUGUCAGAGGGUACUUUAAUGCCAAUCCAGGCGCCACAAUGGAACGACUACCGGAACUGUCCGGUCUGCCGGCGCGAGUUCGGCGCUCCGCCCCAGAGCCCCGUCAGCCUCGGCUGCGGCCACACCCUCUGUAGGCACUGCCUCAAACACCUGCAUAAGAAACAAUGCCCUUUCGACCAGACAGUAAUACAAGUGGAGCCGGAAGAGCUGGUAGUGAACACAGCUCUGCUCCAACUGGCUGGUUACACGCCCCCGUCCCAGCCAUACCACCCACCCUGUAUAGCGGCGCUGUGCGAGCGAGACAGGAGAGCGUACGACUCCGUCGUGCGCUGUAUGGAGAACUUGGCCGUCAUACUGAAAUAUACGGGCAACGUAUCCAACAACACCGUAGCCGGUCGCCUCUCCCGGCCGAUGCAACGCAAGCUUGUGACGCUCCUGCAAUGUUGCGUCACAGACGAGGAGGGGCGGGGGCGGUGCGCGCGGGCGGCGCGGUCGUUAGGCGAGCGAAGCGUCACUGAACUGAUACUACAACAUCAGAAUCCACAACAACUGAGCGCGAACCUAUGGGCCGCCGUUAGAGCGAGGGGCUGCCAGUUCCUAGGGCCCGCCAUGCAAGAAGAGGUCCUGAAACUAGUUCUACUGGCCCUAGAGGACGGGUCGGCACUGUCCAGAAAGGUGCUGGUGAUGUUCGUGGUCCAACGGUUGGAGCCUCAGUUCCCUCAGGCGUCGAAAACGAGCAUCGGCCAUGUGGUUCAACUAUUGUACCGCGCGUCGUGUUUCAAGGUCUCAAAACGCGAAUCGGAUUCGUCCCUAAUGCAACUAAAAGAAGAGUUUCGCACUUAUGAGUCGCUUCGGCGCGAGCACGACGCGCAGAUUGUCCAAAUAGCCACCGAAGCUGGGCUCAGGAUAGCCCCGGACCAGUGGAGCGCGCUGCUGUACGGAGACACGGCGCAUAAGAGCCAUAUGCAGAGCAUUAUAGACAAGCUCCAAACGCCGCAGUCUUUCGCGCAGUCAGUGCAGGAGUUGUUCAUAGCGCUGCAGCGCACCGGGGACCCGCAGCAGCUGGUCGUCAUGAGCAUGCACCUGGACAGGCUCGCCACCAUCGACGCCAGCCCAGACGCCAAGAGUCCCUCAUGGCAGCAGCUAGCCGAAGUGAUGACCUCCCUGAAGGAAGUGGUCUCCGGGCUCAUACACUACCUGCAGCGGAGCACCUUUCACAACCAGAAGCCCCCGGAACCCUCUACUAGUCAACCCCCCCCCCAAGCGGCGGCGACCACCCCCACCCACUCCAAAUACAAGGUGUCCAUGUGCCGCGACGCCGCCGCACGGUCCUUUUGCCCGCGCGGCAACGCCUGCACAUUUGCCCAUUCCGAGGAGGAACUGGAAAGUUUCUAA